UGAUGUUUUAUCCGGGUGGACGUCUCUUGUUCGUCGUCAGCGUCGUAAACAUUGUGGCGUCGACGUGCGGUGCGGUGCCGGAAUCUUCAACAGACAUGCCCAAGUUCAUAGGACCUAUUCUGAAUAUAACAGUUCCUGUUGGAAGAGAAGCAGUUCUUGAAUGCGGUGUCGACAACUUAUCAACUUUUAAGGUGGCCUGGCUCCGGGUCGACACUCAGACAAUCCUGACGAUUCACAGUCACGUGAUAACGAAGAAUCACCGGAUUGCUGUGACUCACAGCGAACACAGGACUUGGUACCUCCACAUCCGGGAUGUACGCGAAACGGACAGGGGAUGGUAUAUGUGCCAGAUCAACACUGACCCAAUGAAAAGCCAAGUAGGAUACUUAAAUGUAGUUGUGCCGCCCGACAUUCUCGACUAUCCGACCAGCACCGACAUGGUGGUGCGGGAGGGAUCCAACGUGAGUUUACGAUGUGCGGCCACGGGAUCGCCGGAACCGACCAUCGCCUGGAGGCGCGAGGGUGGCGAGACCAUACCCGUGGGGGGUGGUCAAGAAGUUCCCAGUGUCGAUGGAACCGUUUUCAACAUAAGUAAGGUGAACCGAUUGCAUAUGGGACCCUAUUUGUGCAUCGCAUCCAAUGGCAUUCCACCUUCUGUGAGCAAGAGGAUUAUGCUUAUCGUACAUUUUCCGCCAAUGAUCUGGAUCCAGAAUCAACUUGUCGGAGCAAUGGAGGGUCAACAAAUAACUUUGGAGUGCCACUCGGAAGCCUAUCCGAAAUCCAUUAAUUACUGGACUAAGGAUGAUGGCCACAUUAUUUCACAAGGAGCAAAGUACGAGCCGAGCAUCGUGGACAACGCUUACAAAGUCCACAUGAAGUUAACGAUUAAAGUUAUUACACCAGGUGAUUACGGAUCAUACAAGUGUGUGUCGAAGAACUCCCUGGGGGAAACGGACGGCACCAUAAAGCUCUAUCAUAUUCCAACACCAUCUACGACUAAACCAACCACUACUACUACAACUCCCGCACCAACUAAGUCAUCUCCAUUCAAAGAUACAGCAAAACAACGCGGUAGAAUCAAAGAUCAUAUCACUGACGUUAGCACCAAUGAAAUAUUAGAUCCAGAAGUAACGAAGGAAAGAGAUUUACGCCUUAGAAGCAAUCCGAGCGACACAAGUGCUGAACAAGUUGACAAUUUAGAUGACGACUUCAUGUUUUCUCUAUCAUGUGUGAACAAGUACAGUUACGUUUAUGUUUUAUUGUCUUUACUUAACUUAGCCAUUUAUUGGCUUAUGUAAUUUGUUGAUUUCCGUAGCGGUAGGUAAAUAACAACCAAUUUUAUAGGGUACUUCAACAGUGCAUAACUAGUCUUCAGUGAGUGGUUAGUUGGUAAACAAUAUUCCUACAAAAUUAAACACUGAAGUUAAUUUAAACCAAGAUUUUGAAUAUUUUAUUUUAUUACUAUUUUGGAAGUGUCCUGUAAAGUUAUUGAAGAAAUAUUUUAUUCUAGUGAAAAAUAUGUAAUAUGUGCCAGAUUAUGUUAAGCUCCACAAAAAAGACUUGAUUUAAUUUAAAACAUUAUUUUUAAUAAGGUCUUAUGUAAAAUUGUACAAAAUAUUCCUAUACAUUUUUUACAUAAUAAUUAUUGUAUAUAAUAAUUAAGAAUUUUGCAAUAAAUUGUUUAUUACAGUAUUAAACAGCCAAAAAUUUUAGGCAUUUAAAAUUUCAUCAAAAGAUUCAUACCGUUCAUUAACUGAAACCUUUUUGAAAUACUAAUUUGUUGUGUUUUCCUUCAUAAUAAAUAUGUUCAUAAUUAAGUUUUAUGUUUGUAGCGAUGUAAUUUAAUAUCAUGGCAAUAUAAAUAUAUUGCUAAUUUGUAUAGUUCAUUUCAUUGGCGUGUCUAAAUGAAGUACCUAAUGUAAUAUUCAUAUGAAACGAAAACUGACACAAUCAUUGUUACGAUGAUCAAAAUUAUAAUCAGUCGGUGUUUUCGCUAAUUUUGUAAUUAGAUUGAUGAAUAUUGACUUGAUUGUAAUGUAUUUAUUAUUAACGUGGGCCUGUGUUGCAAUAAUAUUGUUGCUUAAAUAGAUCGAGUGAAUUCGACAUUCCGUAGUUUUAGAUUCAAAUUAUAGAGUGUAUAGAAAAUAUUAGAUUAAAACUGUAAUAUACUUCCCGAUGUGGUUAUUUCACGAUUAACCCAUAAACUAUUGUUUAUUUUACAUAAAUAAGUUAUAAAAUUGUUUUAUGUUAAACGCAGUAUUUGUAUUUAAAUGUUUUAUGAUUUUAUUGUACAGUAAAAUUUAAUAUAAUCGUUUCGAUAAAUGUUUAUGUGUUAUACAAUAUUUUAAAGUUAAUCGUGUUAUAACAAAUCCAUCUAGAUUUAUAUACAGAAAAAUGUGUACAUUUUUGUAAAAUAGGUAGGAUUCGAAUUGUAUUCAAUGUGUUAUGAUUUGUCGUAUAAGUUACCUUAAGACUGAAAAUAUUAUUUGUAUCGAAUGAAUCCCUAA